AUGGUAGAAGGUGGCGGGGUGGGGAGAGAUCAACACCACCUGACCGAGAUCAAUCGCCACAACAACCGGCAGCAGCCUUCGGGCGAGGGGUCCAACCACCCCGCCACCGCCUCCAAGGCCAAUCCGGCCGGACACGAAGGCGCCCCCGACGGUGGGUGGGGGUGGGUGGUGGUGUUCGCCUCCUUCCUCGUCCACUUCCUCGUCGAUGGACUGGCUUAUUCGUUCGGCGUCUUCACGACAGACCUUGUGGAGCACUACGACAUCUCGCGACAGAGUGUUGGAUGGAUCAACUCAAUCCUCGUUGGAGUAACUCACAUUUCCGGACCCCUCGCAAGUAGACUAUGCGAGGCCUAUGGAUUUCGCGCCACCGCGAUCACUGGAGGUGUUGUAGCAGCGACCGGACUAGCCGCGGUUUUCUUUUUUUCAAGUCUUCCUUUCUUGGUUACCAUGGCUUCGGUUUGUUGUGGUCAUGGUUGUGGACUCGCCUACUUACCCGCGAUCUGCAUUGUAAGCGAAUACUUCACGGGGAAGCGGGCUCUGGCUGUUGGAUUGGCUGUUUGUGGCUCUGGGAUUGGUGGACAAUCAGGUAUUUAUCUAACAGUUUCUUUCGUUAUUUUUGCACCAGGCACAUUCGUAUUUGCGCCCCUAAUGAGUCACCUAAUUAGGAUUUACUCGUGGCGUGGAGCAAUGCUGUUGGAAGCUGGCUUGGUCUUGAAUUGUUGCGUGUGUGGAGCCCUUUUUCGACCGCUGAAAUCACCAGGACACGAAAUGGAACUGCGCUUGAGAAAGCCGCAUCCUCUUUCGGCUAGCUCGUACAACCUGGAGGGCCCGCCUUCUGCUAGUCUAAAUGAGGAGGGAGAAACUACGUCUUACCAGACGGCCGGUGGCAGUGCGUCGACACCCAGGCAAGUAGUCAACUAUAUAAUUUUUCGAUUCUUAACUAGGAAGCCCGUUAGCGCCUACAACUCUGAAAAGCCGAUUCGCCGUCAACUCAGCCACGAUCAACCUCACGCCAAACGCCAAUCCGCUUGUCGCUCCCGAUUCCACGAGUCGCUCCGGAGCGUCCUGAGCUUGCACCUGCUCAAGAACCCCGCCUUCAUCGUGUUCGCCGUCUCGAAUUUCCUCACGAGCCUCGGAUUCAACGCGCCCUUCCUGUUCGUGAUGGACAGAGCCACGCUGAUGGGGGUUGAUGAGGCCUCCGCGGGCUUCCUAGUGGCAUCGAUCGGCAUCGGCAACACCCUGGGGAGAGUGGUGGUCGGGGUCCUGGCAAUGACGCGACAUCGGAAACUUCGCCUGCACCUCUACACCGGGUCGUUGGUGCUGUGCGGGGUGAUAACUGCGAUGAGCUGCUGGGCACAGAGGUACCCUCUAAUGGUAGCCUAUGCCGUGGCCUUUGGAUUCCUCUGCGGUAAGCGCUCCUACGUGACUCUCUUCCCUGUCACUUUGGUUGAUCUGGUUGGAAUUGAAUUUUUGGAGGAGUCGCUGGGACUCAGUCUACUCGUAAUGGGAGUUGCAAUUUUUAUCGGACCCCCAGUUGCGGGUACGUUGCAGAAUCACUUUUAA